CUCUCAGCAGCUAUUCUCAUCUCUCUCGCUGGUCUUAAUUUUGCAAGCUGCCUAAAGGCGCAAUGUCCCCAAAAAUACUUUAAUGAGCUGCUUAUUGAGCAAUGUUCGGCACCAUUACAUCAUGACAACAUUAUCCCUCUCUUCCUAAAUACACCUGAGCAGCCGCCCUUUAGUACAUCGACAAAAACCGAGAUUGCUAGCCAAGAAUCAGAAACAGCUAUUUCACAACAGUCUCCACCAUUUGCAUCGACUUAUGAAUCACUGCCAGACAUACCAACAACAUCUCCAACAACCCAUUCUACCGUGAUCCCCAAAACUGAGGCACUUUCAGCGAGUAAAAAGUCUACCGAAUCAAAUAUACACAACACUGAAAGUAUACAUCGAACUGGCGAGACUCGUCCGCCACUCCUGUCGUUUGAAGAUUGGCAGCGGCAGUUAUUACAGACAGAAGAAGAGCGCCAUCAUAAAAAAAAGCCCGGAUCCCACACUGGGCGAGAGAAGCAAAUUGGUCAGCAAAUGAUUGAUAGUAUCGAUGGUGGCCUUGAAGGGGAUCUCGGGGCAAUGUUUGAGGGUCUCAUGGGGAUCACACGUAAGACGGCUCCAGAUAAUGUGUAUGAGGAAGGUGCGUAUAUUGAACCCAAGAAAUCGGCGUCGGGAUCAGCAUCAGCAUUAGCAUCAUCUUCACCCUCACCCUUGGUGUCACACUCUGCAAACACCGAUAAGAAAGUGCCACCCAAACCUUUUAAACCCUUACCAGUCAAGGCUCUCAAAGAAAGAUUUAAUUAUGCAUCUACUGACUGUGCGGCAACUGUGCGGUCUGCCAACAAAGAAGCAAAGGGCGCCAAUUCUAUUUUAUAUGAAUCCAAAGACCAAUAUUUACUAAACAAAUGCUCAGCAAAUAAGUUUGUGAUCAUUAAUCUUUGUGAGUCGAUUCUUGUUGAUACAAUUGUCUUGGCAAAUUUUGAGUUUUUCUCGAGCACAUUUAAGGACUUUAGAGUUUAUGUGGCAGAUCGCUAUCCUACUAAAGACUGGAAACUUUUGGGACAAUGGCAGGCCCGUAACACAAGAGAUCUUCAGGUGUUUAAAGUACAGGAUCGUGCUGGUUGGUCAGAAUAUAUGAAGAUAGAGUUUCUUACACAUUAUGGUCACGAAUACUACUGCCCACUCAGUCUGGUUCGUGUACAUGGCAUGCCAAUGAUGGAAUACUUCAAUAUUGUCGAAAGGAAGGGUCUGUCUGGAGAAGGGGAUGAGGACGUGUUUCUGGACGACGAGUCUUUGUGGCCUUCAGAAGUACGGGAUGAGAUUAUUCAGCCGAAGCGUGAUGUGACAAAUACUUCAGAGUUCAUUCCUGUUGCAACAGAAGGCGAAGAAGAGUUGACUGUUGUAAUUCCACCUGAACCAAAUAUCCAAGAGUCUAUCUACAAAACCAUCAUGAAGAGACUUAAUGUUCUUGAGCUCAACGCUACACUGUCACAACGAUACCUGGAUGAACAAAACAAAAUGCUUAAUACAGUGUUUAUGGAGAUGGAAAAAAGACACCAGGACCAGCUUAUUUUACUUUUGGGGCGUUUGAACGACACUGCAAGUCUGAGACUUGAUAAUAUGGUUUGUGGAAAUGUGAAAUAG